CACAAGAAUUCUCCUUGCUUCGUUGCGUCGAAUACCAUUAGCAACACAAAACCAAAAUGGCUUUUCGCCCAGAGUUGAUGAUCCUUCUCUUCUUGCCUCUGCUGCUAUCUCAAACCAUUUCCGGCUAUUCCUCUAGCGAUGUCAAAUCCUGGUGUAGCAAAAUGCCUUAUCCACAGCCUUGUGAGUACUUCUUGACCCACAACCCUAACCAAUCUCCCAUCAAUCAAAAAUCCGAUUUCCUCAAGGUCUCGAUGCAACUUGCACUCGAGAGAGCCCAACUGGCCCAUAGCAACACGCACUCAUUGGGGUCGAAGUGCAGCAACGAGCGCGAGAAGGCUGCUUGGGCCGACUGCCUCCAGCUGUACGAGCACACAGUUCUUCGUCUGAACCGAACCAUUGUCCACGAGUGCACCCAAGAUGAAGCACAGACAUGGCUCAGCACGGCCUUGACCAAUCUCGAGACGUGUCGAGCUGGGUUCGUCGAAUUGGGGGUCUCCGACAAUGUACUGCCUUUAAUGUCAAAUAAUGUUUCCAAGUUGAUAAGCAACACUUUGGCCCUCAACUAUGCACCCUACACUGCACCAAACUACACGAAGAAAUUUCCCACUUGGGUGAGGCCCGGCGACCGAAAGCUUUUGCAGUCUUCAUCCACGGUGUCUAAGGCCAAUAUCGUAGUGGCCCAGGAUGGUUCGGGGAACUACAAAACGAUUAGUGAAGCCAUAACUGCAGCAUCAGAGAGGUCAGGUACUGCUAGGUACAUCAUCUAUAUCAAGGCUGGUACUUAUAGUGAAAACAUUGAAGUUGGAUCGAAAUUGGAGAACAUUAUGUUCGUUGGUGAUGGCAUCGGGAAGACCAUAAUCACCGGAAGCAAAAGCGUCGGCGGAGGCUCUACCACCUUCAAUUCAGCGACUGUUGCUGUUGUUGGUGAUGGAUUCAUCGCACAAGAUAUCACUGUUCACAACACUGCUGGUGCGACAAAUCACCAAGCCGUUGCUUUGCGCUCUAGCUCUGAUCUAUCGGUGUUUUAUAGAUGUAGCUUCGAGGGUUAUCAAGACACUCUUUAUGUUCACUCGGAGCGCCAAUUCUAUAGAGAGUGUGACAUCUACGGCACUGUUGACUUCAUCUUUGGAAAUGCGGCUGUUGUAUUUCAAAACUGCAACAUCUAUGCCAGAAACCCUCCUAACAAGGUCAAUACCGUCACUGCACAAGGCCGAACCGACCCAAACCAGAACACCGGCAUCUCCAUCCACAAUUGCAAGGUCACCGCAGCUUCAGACCUAAAAUCGGUUCAAAGCUGCGUGAACACGUACCUCGGCAGGCCAUGGCAAGAAUAUUCGAGGACGGUUUUUAUGAAGACUUAUCUUGAUAGCUUGAUUAACUCAGCCGGUUGGAUGGAGUGGGAUGGCAACUUCGCCCUCAACACUUUGUACUAUGGAGAGUAUCUUAACACAGGCCCCGGGUCUUCGACCGCUAAUAGGGUCACAUGGGCAGGGUACCAUGUCAUCACAAGCGCGACCGAGGCUUCUAAGUUCACCGUCGGGAGCUUCAUUGCCGGCGGCUCUUGGUUGCCCACCACCGGCGUGCCAUACACAUCCGGCCUUUAAGCUAUUUAAAGACGGAAAAUCAGAGGUGGAAUGCAAGUCUCACAAGAGUACGAGGUGGCUCACAAGGAACACAAGCGUUUCCGUCAUAUGCAGCACAUAUGUAAUUAGAAAAAUAUUCUUUCUUACAUAGUUCCCAUUCAUUAUAGAU